CAUGUAUCCAAGGUAAUUAAAAAAGUAGGACAAGCAGAAGCAAUCUUCCAAUAUUUCUGAUUUCAUUCUCAAUAAACUCUUGAGUGAAUUCGGUUAAAAGCCAAUAGAUAAGGAAGUAUUUAAUAAAUGUAAAUAAGUUAAUUACUUGCUAUGUGCGUGAUUAUACUUCCAAAUACUCCUCAUUUAAUGAAAGCGGUGUAAGAGCUUUGAAAGCAGAGAUACAAGAGGCAGUCAAGAAGUAAUAGAUAGAGAAGGAAGCCAUAAUAAAAACCUUAAAAUAGCAGUCUAAUAGUCAAUAGUUACAAAAUAUGGGUGAUAAACAAAAAAAUGAAAAUAACUCAAAAUAAACUACUAAAACUCUAACUUAGGGACUAGAACAAUAAAAUACUUAGAGAAGGAAUAAUCCUCCCGAAAUUCCAAGGUUAGACUCAUUAGCAUCUGAUAAUAAAUAGAAAUCUGUUUAUUAAUUGGAUGAUGAUGAAUAGGAUGAAUGGGCAGCUAUUAUUAAAUAUGAUACAGCUUUAUAUUAAAAGGAAUAGGAAGAAAGAAAAUAAAAAGAUCUCUAAUUGAGAUAGAAGUUAAAGGAUGAUUUAGAUAAAUAAUUAAAAGAGAAGGCAGAGUUGAAAAAAGAGGAAGCAUUGAAAGAAGCAAAAUUUAUACAAUUAAACCAAUAAAGGAAAGAAGAGUUUGAGUAAUUUGAAAAAUAGAAGAAAGAAUAGAUCAAACUUAAACAAUUAGAAGAGAAAAAAUUAAGGGAUGAGUAAGUUUAAUAAGAAAAACAUAAGAAGUAAUUCUUAAAUUAAUUAGAUUAGAAGGGAACAUUAGAAGUAAUCUAAACUGCAAGAUGAUGAGAUGCUCUAAUAGCUAAAGAGUGAAAUAAGUAGAGAAUCUUAAGAAUUAAAUAAAAAAAGAUAGCAAUAAAAAGAUAAAUUUUAGUAAAUUUUGAAAGAAAAUGAAUAAUUGCGUCAAAAAGUAAAAUAGAAUAAUUAUAAAAGGCAUAAGAGGAACUUAGACUCUAGAAAGACAAUGAUACUAAAUUGUAAUAAUAAUAAUUAUAGAAACUGAUAUAGGAUGAUGAAAAGAGAGAAUAAUAGAAGAGGGACAGGGACGAAAAAAUUAAAUAGUUCAUGAGCAAUUACAGUCAUUAGGUUUUGACUAAAUAAAAAUAAAAUGAAGAGAAUGAAGGGAAGUAUAUGUUGGAGUAAUUAAAAAAACAAGAAGAAUAUGAUAGAUAACAAUAGUAGUUUAAGAAAUAAAAAGAAAAAGAAAAAAUGGAUCUCGUAAAACAAUAAUUGUAAUUGCAAAUAGAACAGAAAUAAUAAAAGAAGUUAUCAGAAGAGGAAGAAUAAAAAUUGUUAUUACUUCAACAAAAAUUAGAACUUAUGAAUUACGCAUAAAAAGAAAAAGAAAAAUAACUUGUAUGUAUUGUAAGUUAUAGUAGUAUGUCAAAAAUAAUUAUAAAUAAAACUAAGAGGAUAUAAAGAAAUAAAUUGAAUAGAGCAGAAAUAAGAGUGCUCAUGAGAAGAUGACAAAUUUGGAAUUGCUGCACAAUAAAUCUAUUUUGAGGAAUAUAGCAGAGGAAUAGGUUGCAAAGACUAAGUUUAGAAAGGUGAAUGUAUCAAUGAAAUGA